UUCCCCAUCAUUGGUUUUAGUGGGGGAAAUAGUGCCCCAUCAUUGGUGUCAGUGGGAGGAAUAGUGCCCCAUCAUUGGUAUCAGUGGGAGGAAUUAUGCCCCAUGGUAGGUGUCAAUGGGAGGAGUUCUGUCGCAUCAUUGGUGUCAGUGGGAGGAAUUAUGCCCCAUCUUUGGUGCCAAUGGGAAAAACUGUCCCAUCAUUGGUGUCAGUGGAAGGAAUUAUGCCCCAUGGUUGAUGCCAGUGGGAGGAAUCAUGCCCCAUGGUAGAUAUCAGUGGAGGGAAUUAUGCCCCAUCACUAGUGUCAAUGGGAAGAAUUAUGUCGAUGGUAGGUAUCAAUGGGGGGGGAGGAAUUAUGCCCCAUUGUUAGUGUCAUUGGGAAGA